AUGUUGACCAACAACGAACUCCUCGAGCAAUUCUACUUCGGUGCCGAGAGCCAUGAGGCAACAUCCUCCUCCUCUGUGGAAGCCGAUACAGAGCCCAUCUUUAGCAGCGGCGAAGCGUAUCAGACGCUGGAACAAUUGAUCUAUCAACAGGAUCAGGAUUUCGCUGGCAGUGCGGAUAGUUUAUCCGAUGGCACCAACAGUUGCUCACCCGAACUCUAUUACGAUACGCCAGCCAUGUUGGAGCUAGAACAAAUGCUGAGCGCACAGACACAACAGCAACCCAUUGCGCCAGCUGCUCCCGCAAAAUAUCAAGGCAAGGCAGCCAAAUACUGGACAAAAACAUCGUCAGCACGAAGCAAACCCUACGAGAAAUUAUCAACAGCAGCAACAUCUUCAACAGCAGCAUCAGCAGCAGCCACAACUGCAGCUUCCCCAUGCGGCCCAGAAGUUGUGCGUAAGCGACGCUUGGCAGCCAAUGCUCGAGAGCGUCGUCGCAUGAACAGCUUGAAUGAUGCCUUCGACAAGCUGAGGGAUGUGGUUCCCUCUUUGGGCAACGAUCGACGACUCUCCAAGUAUGAGACAUUGCAAAUGGCUCAGGCUUACAUUGGCGAUCUGCUCACAUUGCUCGCCAGAGAUUAUUAGCGGAAUUAGACAAA